GUUACCGCCCUUGUUCCAACGUCCCCGGGGGGUGACGACACUGACCAGUGACCAAAGCGAGCAUGGUCGGUCGUCGCCCCUUCCCCUGGGUCUCCGGGCUGACUGGGUCUGUGGGGCAGCAUUCAGCAACCAUAAAAAGAUGCUAAAAAAACCUACCGCCGAACGGGAUCUUCCAUCACUGCAGACUACUUAGAAACUUCCAAAAGUUGUCAAGAUUCUUUAAGAAUUACGACUUUGCUAAAUACGAUUAAGGGAUUUUGCAACCCUUGUCCUACAUCGCAGGAAAGAAAGCUUGCUGCAUCCUCAUGGCUACAUUGGGCAAUUCAGCAAAUAUCUUCUGGCAUGAGUGUCCAGUUGGGCAGGCAGAAAGGCAAAAGCUACUGAAUCAGAAGGGAUGUGUUGUAUGGAUAACAGGGCUCAGUGGAUCAGGUAAAAGCACACUUGCAUGCACUCUUGGCAGAGAACUGCAUUCUAGGGGACAUCUGUCCUAUGUUCUUGAUGGGGACAAUCUUCGGCAUGGUUUAAACAAGAACCUUGGUUUUGCACCUGAAGAUCGGACAGAAAAUAUACGUCGGGUUGGGGAAGUAGCCAAGCUGUUUGCAGAUGCUGGAUUAAUUUGCAUUGCUAGUCUGAUAUCUCCUUAUCAAAAGGACCGUGAUUCUUGCCGUGCAUUAUUGCCAGAUGCAAACUUUAUCGAGGUUUUUAUGAAUAUGCCUCUAUCAUUAUGUGAAGGAAGAGACCCCAAAGGCCUCUACAAGCUAGCACGAGCUGGAAAGAUCAAAGGUUUCACUGGGAUUGAUGAUCCUUACGAGGCUCCUUUAAAUUGUGAGAUUGAGCUACGGCAGAUUAAUGGAGUUUGCCCUGCUCCGUCUGAGAUGGCCGGGAAAGUAGUAUCCUACUUGGACAGUAAAGGAUUUCUACAAGCUUAGGGGUCAACUACCCAAAAGAUUUUAUUUUUAUUUUUUAAUUUCGUUCAUCUCUUGGAUCUAUCUGGUUGAAUACAUUCCAUGAUGAAGGUUAUGGGGUGGACAUGGUGGGGUUGCACGGUUGUCUCAUGAUGUAUUACAGAGUUUAGAGCACACUAAUCAUUACUGCAGCAGUACUUUAGUAAGGGAACUUGAGAAAUGUAUGAUUCCAGUGAAGUAGAGGUUUGUGGAGCUGGGGAAUUAUCUUAAAGGGUCUAAUGUAUUAAUUUUGUGCUAUAGAUGGACUUGUUAGAAGAAGGAAGUCUUGGAGAGUAAACGUAUGCUUUGAAUGUUGCUUCAUCAAUUUCCUGCAGGCGCGGAAGAUUUGAUUGUUUACAGAUAUUAUAAGCUCCUUGCAUGAGAGAUACUACAGCUUUACCUGCAACUUUUGAAUCUUUGUAAAAAUUGCGUCUUUAUAUCA